GCGUGUAUCGACUCAAUAUCCCUCACACGUGUCAAUCUCCUGUCUGUCCCUUCUCCUUCGCUUGCCUUCUUUAAUCUCCUCUUUCUUCCCCCCUUUUUUCUUUUCUCUUGUCUCUCACUAGUAACUGAAUGGAACAUUCAGAGGACGAGCAGCUCCAGCGAGUCGACUCACUUCCUGACGCCGAGCUAGCAUCAACGAGCUCUGGCUUCUCCUCAAUACUAAGCACUGAAGAUACUCAAAGUGCUACGAGCCCUGGAGACAUCUCUACCAUUAGCGGGAGUUCCGGUGAGAUUCCAGCCGCGGUGGUGGCGGAUGCUGUCGUGCCGAGGUACAUGGAGCCUGCGAGAGAAGGGGAGCUCACCGCUGGGACGGUAAGGGACAGGUGUGUGGGAAGGAAUAAUAAAGGAGUGAGCUGGGGGUUCACGUCGGUGAUUGGGAGAAGGCGGGAGAUGGAGGAUGCCGUUUCCGUUAUACCGGGAUUUAUGUCACGCACGUGCGAUCACGUGGGCGGAUGUACGGCUCCUGGUUCAAGAACUUCCGCCGAGAUCUCGCCAAUCCAUUUCUUCGGCGUCUACGAUGGUCAUGGUGGCUCCCAGGUGGCUAAUUAUUGUAAAAGGAGAAUGCAUGAAGUUGUAGCAGAGGAAUUGGAUCGUGAAAGUACAAUUGAUGGCAAUGAAUGGCAGAGAAGGUGGGAAGUUGCUUUUUCCAGUGGUUUUGAGAAGGCAGACAAUGAGGUCUUGACAGAGGCACCGGAAAUGGUCGGAUCCACAGCAGUAGUGGUGGUUUUAUCCGGUUGCCAGAUUAUCACGUCAAACUGUGGUGACUCAAGGGCGGUGCUCUGCCGUGGGAAUCAAACUAUUCCCUUAACUGUCGAUCACAAGCCGGAUAGACAAGACGAACUCAUGAGAAUUGAAGGAGUGGGAGGGAAAGUCAUAAGCUGGAAUGGUGCGAGGGUGUUUGGAGUCCUUGCUAUGUCCCGAGCCAUAGGUGAUAGGUAUUUAAGGCCAUCGAUAAUUCCAGUGCCUGAGAUCACUUUCAUGACAAGGACUGAUGAUGAUGAAUGCUUGAUUCUGGCAAGUGAUGGUCUGUGGGAUGUAAUGACAAAUGAAGAGGUAGGGGAUGUGGCUCGCCGACUCUUAAGAAGGUGGCGCAGAACAAUGGUGUCCGAUGAAAUUUCUCCGGCACAAGCUGUGGCUGAUAAUCUCACUGAAAUAGCUUACAGCAAAAACAGCUGCGACAACAUAUCUAUCAUUGUUGUUGAUCUAAAACCCCAGAGAAAGCGCCAGGUGAGGCAGUGAAUUAAAAAGGGGAGUGGAAAGUCAUUAUUUGUUCUUCCUCUCCAGUUUUCCCUGAAUUAUCCUAUUGUCUCUCACCCUUUUUAAGUCGGAGAUGAUAAAGGCAGGGAUAUUAUACUUCUGAUGUGACUCAAAUAGACAGCUAGAAGCAACUACUACCCCUGACCACUGGCAACUGGCAAGCAAGCAAACUGCUGCUCCAUAACAGCCUGAAUCUGUUGUUAUUUGCAAGAAGGCUAAAUCCUUGCCUGCAAGUGGUUUGGGUUAUAAAAAACUAAUUUGAAGAACAGGAAAAAAAAAAUUGUUGCAUAAUAUAUACGUCCAAGCAAAUAAAGGAAAUUAAGGAUUAAAAAAAAAGAAAAGGGCAAGGAAGAUUAUUUUUAUUAUUAUUUUUUAAUUUUUCAUAUGUACAAGUAUCUUUAAUUAUUACAUUUUUUUUUCUCUUAUUUUAAAGCUGUUGCAUUUCCUAUCCUUCCUUCAGUGCUAUAGUGCAAGGGAGACGAAAUACAGUUGGGUAAAAAUUCGUCUCAAUUGUGUUCAUAGUUUUCUUUUCUGUACCCUUAGAAAAGAGAGAUUGUAUGAAAGUUGUUGGCAUAUUUUAUGUUUA